AAGUAGCGGCCGCUGCGUCCACCUUGUUGAUAGUUUGUGUAAAUGGACAAGUUAUUUUAAAGUUUUGCAUUUCCCCUGACUUUCUGGUGUUUAAUAAGCGAAGCAGCAACAACAUACAUUACAAUGUGGAUACUGACACCCCUGCAGGCUGGAGGUGAGACGCACUAUCUGCUCUCUAGUAAAGAGUAUGUGGUGGGACGCAAGAACUGUGACAUACUUCUAACCAGCGACCAGUCCAUCAGCAGAGCUCAUGCUCUCCUCACUGCCACUGACCAGACCCUGACCGUAAAGGAUACCUCCAAGUAUGGCACCUUUAUCAACAGCCAGCGUUUGACAGAAAACUUACCAGUGAACCUGAAUUCAGGAGAUGAAGUUACAUUUGGGGUUUUUCACAGCAAAUUCAGUGUGGACCAUGUGAAGCCGGUGGUGUGUUCGUCAUGUCUGGACAAUAAUGGUAAGGCGUCCCUCUCUCAGGCCCUGCAGGCUCUGGGUGGAAAACUGGUCAACACCUGGACUCAGGACUGCACCCAUCUUGCCAUGCCCACCACUAAAGUCACCAUCAAGACUAUCUCCGCUCUGUUGUGCUGCUGUCCCAUUGUGAAGCCUGACUUCUUCUCAGAGCUCAACAACGCCGCUCAACAAAAAAGACCUCCUCCUAAAGCUGAGAGUUUCAUCCCUGAGAUCGAUGAGCCCAGCUUAAGUAAAGAGGAUGUAAACCUCAGAGCAAAUCAGCUUCGCAAACAGCUUUUCAAUGGAAAGACUUUUAUCUUCCUCAGUGCCAAACAGAUGAAGCGCCUGAGUGCAGCAGUGAGUUUUGGAGGUGGCAAAAGUCACCUGCUAGAGGAGAACUCUCUUCCCAGAGAGCUGCUGGAGUCUCCACAGAGCUGUGUGGUCGAUACUACAACAGGCAGCUCACAAACUCUGCUCUCCUCCUCCGCCACUGAGUGGGCAAACUCCGUGAAGAAUAUUGUUCACAGAAAAGGCCUCAGAGUCAUAACAGAGUCUGAAAUUGGUUUGGCUGCCAUCUAUGCUUCCUGUGACAAGUACUGCAAUCCGUCCAGUGUAAUAGCAGACUCAGAGGCAGCACCAAAAGUAAAAUCCAGGAUUCCAAGUGCCUCGCUGUCGCAGAACGCAGUAGUGGACGAAACAGUCCUACCUGCUGCAUCUCAGAACAUCACAGCUUAUGCUGUUAACACAGAGAUAUCUCAAAGGAUGGAUCGCUGUGAAGUUACAGAGGUUACAGCGGUGGGAGAGACUCCAGAGAAAAAGCAAAGACAUGAGGAAUCUGAAAUGCAGAAGAAGACGACGAGUCAGUAUGUGGUGGAUGACACAAUGAGCUCAUCAUUCAGCACUUCAGAGAAACCAGACUUGAGGAAGAGGCCCGACCCCAAACCAACAGGUGCGGGCAGUAGUGGCGUUUGGUCUCAGCCAUCCUUUCCAAAGAUGAACGGUGGCACAAAGACAUUCCUGCAGAAGCAAUCUCCUCUGAAACAAAGAGCCUCUGCACAAGCUUCUCCUCAGAAACAGUCGACUCUUACCAAUUUCUUUACACCAGUCAACAAGAAAAGGCCAUUGGAGGAUGAGGAUUUUGCUGUCAUGUCAGAGCCCAAACGACCUGUGCUGGAAUUAUCCAUCAGAAAGCAGAAACCACACUCCCCCAAAGAAAGGUACUCAAGUUCAGAGCUAGUCCCUGCAGCAGCAUCUCAAGACUCGGCAGCAGAUCUUUUUGUAGGACUGCCAGAGGCUGAGUCACACAGGGUCUCCCACUCAAAACAGGAGGGGCCACAGGGUAAGAAGAGGAAGGAGAUGGAGGAAGAGAUACAGAUGGAUGAACUGGAGUCUAUAAUGUCUGAGGAUAUGGACUUCUUUGAUGAACCACCUUCAGGUAAACAAGGCCAGAAGGCUCAUACUGUAAAACAAGGUUUUGAUACUGCAGAGACUUCAUCAUCAAGCAAGAGGCAACGGUUUCACCAAGAAGAAAAUGAAACAAAUAAAAGGGCACAGAAAUCCCAACAAAAAGAGUCAGGUUCCCAUUUCCAGCACAACAUACCAUCUGAUGAUACUCGAACCUCCAUAAAGACAAAGCAGAUCAAUUCAUCAGAAAACAGGACAUCUCAGCAUGAGUCCAGUAAACCCACCAAAGUAGCUCCAGCUAGAACUGCCUCUGCAAGUAAAGAAAUGCAGGCUUUCGAAGAUGAUGAGGCAUUUAUGAAGGAUUUAGAACAACUUCAAGAAGAUGUCUGCCGGCCUAAAGAAGAGAGUAGGACACCUUCAAAGCCAAUAACCAUGAAACAGGAGGUCCAAGAGUCAUCGAUAGAUGAAAACCUUCCUCAAAAGCUGGUGGUGUUGGAGUUCAGAUCCCUGACUGUGUCUGCACCUGCUAAAACCAAACCACAGAGGAUGCAGGACAACGGCUGCACAACAAACUUCAAACGUUUCCGCAAGAUAAAUGUGCCAGGGGCACAGGGUGCCCCCCAGAUCAUUGGACGCUCUGAUCUGCUGGUUCACAACAGGGGAAAAAACACUGAUCUGGAUGAAUGGCUGAAAAACACAGCUGAGGAGGAGCACCAGAGGAAACGGGAUGAGACUGCUGGAGAUGACCUCUUCAGGUACAACCCAACCAAACUGGCCAAGAGAAGAUGAAACAUCUCCAUCUUGACAUCCUGCAGAAGGGAUUCAUUUGGAAAGCCCAGGAUGAAUGUCCAACUUCACCAACACUUUAUAAGGAGCGGCAAGCUAUGUCUUUCAGCUGUAAUCUUUAAGAUAACAGCUAAUUCUUUAUCAUUUAAAACAAUGAAUGUUUGCCACA